AUGAUGUUUGAGCAGAGUGAGGAUCGCAGCCUGAAUGGUGGGAAAUGGAGACCAGCUCUGUCGCAGAGCUUCAGCUUGCCAGAGGCUGCAGCCUUCACCCAAGCUGGCCCAGCACAACAGCAAAGAGACCGGAGGAAGGGCUCCAUCGCACAGAGUGUGCGCAGAGACACAGCAGAAUGGUUCGGUGUGGGAACAGAUGAUGGCCUGUCCCUGCACUGGCAGCGACAGACAUGGACACAUUGCAGCCAGACGUUUGGGAAGCUGAAAGCUCCAUACCAGAGGAGCAUGCAACUGGACAGCCCGCAGUCAGCAUGUGCCCCAACGCUGGACUCCCAGAAAAUGCUGAUGACCGGCAACCCAUUGUGCCAAGGCCAGAGUUCACGAUGCUGUAACGCGGACCAGCAGCCCACUCUGCCCCUCAGCCCUGACUCGGGCUAUCACAGAUCUCCUCCUAGGAUGCGAGAGUCAGUUGCACAAAUGAGUCUUCGAGUGGCUGCAGCUGUACUGGCGGGCAAACCUGUUCUAGAAAGUUGUGGAAGCAGAAGCGUCAGGAGAAGUUUUGCGUAUCCCAGUGUGUUGGAGGAAGAUGCAUUUGGCGGUGCUGACAUUCUGGACUACUCGUUUUUCAAUAAGAUGGAGGCUCCAGACGAUGACGUGUUUGAGUCACCGCCACCUUCAGCUCACCAUGACAGAGACUCACAGAUCGACGUAGUCCCAUUCAACAUAGACCGUGUGUGUCCGGAUGUCGUCUGCGGCCAGAGGGUCGGCCGGAGGGGAACGCGUAUGGUGUCACAGGCCAGACACUUCCCGUUUGACCAGCGUGGCCGAUACCUGGGGCUGGGGGUGGUGGGCCGCUGGCUCAACCGUCGAUACCGGCGGUCUCUGAGUGUCCGCACCCGAGACAAGCUGAGGCACCUACCCACACACAGGCCGUACUUCACAUUUUGGAUCACCUUUGUUCACAUUGUGGUCACGCUGCUGGCGAUUGGGAUUUACGGGAUCGCUCCACUGGGAUUUGCUCAGCGUGUAAAAACACAGCUGGUGUUGAUGAGUAAAGGAACGUAUGAGAGUGUGGAAAAUGUACAACAGGAGAAUUUCUGGAUUGGACCUAGCUCGGCAGCUCUUGUUCACCUUGGAGCAAAGUUUUCCCCUUGUUUACGGAGGGACCCGUCAAUCUCCAAACUGGCUGAGGAGAUGAGAGAUGGAGAGAGGGAGUCGGGCUGCUGCGUCCAGAAUGACAACUCAGGCUGUGUUCAGAUGCUGAAGCAGGAUUGUUCGGAAAUACUCGCUACAUUUAUAAAGUGGCCAAACAACCAGGCUCCAAACAUGGGAUCUAUCAAUCAGACACGAUCAUCAGGUGCCGUCUGCCAUCAGGAUCCAAGGACUUGUGAAGAACCUGCCUCUGCUGCACCACACAUCUGGGAUGAUGACAUCACUCGAUGGCCUAUCUGCACCUAUCAGUCACAGAGUAACCUCACAGGACUGAAACACAUGGACUGUACCAUCAAAGGCAGGCCCUGCUGUGUUGGCACAAAGGGAAGGUGUGAGAUCACUACCAGGGAGUACUGCCAGUUUAUGGAUGGAUAUUUCCAUGAGGAGGCUACCUUGUGUUCACAGGUUCACUGUCUGGAUGAUGUCUGUGGAUUGUUGCCCUUCCACAACCCCGAUGUUCCAGAUCAGAUCUACAGGCUUUGGCUCUCUCUUUUCCUUCAUGCUGGGAUUAUCCAUUGUCUGCUCUCUGUGCUUUUCCAUGUGACCAUUCUCCGGGACCUGGAGAUGUUAGCUGGCUGGCUGCGUAUUGCAAUAAUCUACCUCCUGAGUGGGAUUCUUGGCAACUUGGGCAGUGCGAUCUUCCUGCCGUACAGAGCAGAGGCUGGACCUGCUGGCUCCCAGUUUGGUGUGUUGGCCUGUCUCUUUGUAGAAUUGCUUCAGAGUUGGCCGAUUCUGGAGAAACCAUGGAAAGCAUUGAUGAAGCUGCUCAGCCUCCUUCUGGUUCUCUUCGCAGUUGGCCUGAUGCCUUGGAUUGACAACAUUGCUCAUAUGUUUGGAUUCCUCAGUGGUUUUCUGCUCUCAUUUGCCUUCCUACCAUACAUUACCUUUGGCCAGGGUGACAAAUACAGGAAACGAAUAUUGAUCAUUGUCUCCCUCCUGGUGUUCACUGGCCUCUCUGCAUCUCUAGUCAUCUGGUUUUAUGCCUAUCCCAUUAACUGCCAUUGGUGUGAAUACCUCACCUGUAUCCCAUUCACCAGCACGUUUUGUGAGGGAUACGAGCUGGAUCAAGUUGUGCACUGAGUUAGGACUGCUGUUGCCUGGAGACCAUGAGCCAGAAUUAUUCAGCAGAUCAACCCUGGAACUUGGUGCCAAACUGGCCACUGGCCAGCACAAACGCAGCAUAGUUGUACCCGCUGAAUGCAUGUGAAUAUGGCUCCACUCUGUAGCUCCACCGAGAUCCAGCCAAUGUUCACAGAAGAUCCAUCCAACUUUUUGCACUCAUUCACCCUUAGAAAACUGGGGAAAGAAAUGAAAGUAAUUUUACAAGGAACCGGUGUUCCCACUGCAGGUGAUGCUUGCUAGGGAAGACC